AUGGAUAAUUGGGAACGAUAUUUUCCGAGCCCAAUUCAUGAACCAUCGGUACCUCAAAAUACACCGUCACAAAAUACACCGCCGCAGUACAAUGUAAUAUCGUCGCCAGAUUUAUUUCCAGAACUUGAAUCAUCGUCAUCUAUAGAUUCACCGAAUAUGUUAAUUCCUCGUGCGCCUAUAAGAUUACACACGGCGCAGCCUUCAGACCAGCCAUCAGUCGAAAUGGAUUGGAGUGAUGAUGGAAAUAACGAGUAA